AUGAAGUGGAAGAUUCGAGGCAAAUCCGUUGACGGUGUUACUAAGCUACUAGACUUUCGCACCAACAAGUAUCUCGGCGAGAAGUUCCAGAUUCUGGACGACUACGUCACGCUCGUUAAGCAAUCUGAUGAUACCCUGUUUAGUACCUUGAUUAAAAGGAGCAAAUCCCGCUACGAUAAAAAAGUCACUAAACUGGAGGAUAUUCUCAUCAGUCAGUGGACACGUAAAGGUGAAUUACCGGCAAACGUCCAUGGAUGGUUACAUCUCUACAGAAGCGUGGAUGACGCUUUUACACCGAAUAACCUGAACAGGUUCGUGAAGUAUGUCGACGACUUUAACGCGAAGAAUCCCAACAAGGAAAAACCAGUGAUAGAUCUGUACACGCGGGCUUUUGGAGACGCUCCUGUGCUGAGUAAACUCAUAGCGGCAAUGGACGACUCGACUGCUAAUGCGGCAGCGAAGAAGUUGCUGGUAGAGAGCUGGAUCAAGAACAAACAGUCUGUUGACGAUGCGCUCGCGAUGCUGAAUAUUAAUAUUGGUCAAUCCUCGACGAUAAUCAACCACAAGAUUGACGCGCUAGAACAGCUCGAUAACGUCAAGGGUGCAAAGCCAAGUGUUAUCAAGACGCUGACUAAGACGGUUGGUGGAAAUAGAAUGCUGGCAAAGAUUUUGGAAAGGACGGAAGCUCCAACGUUGCAGAAGAAACAGUUUAUCAUGUGGAUAGAUGAUGGCGUCACACCGGGGAACUUUAUGGCCAAGAUAUACAAGGAUGCUGCAGUGGAUUCUGUUGAGAAGAAGAAUAUUGCGACCAAGUUUACGGCGUUCUACGAGAGUCAGAAAAGCCUGAUUGCUUAA